AUGCUCACUGCAAAGUUGGCCACGAACUUGCUUCGGCAACGUGCUCAAACAGAUCCAGAAAGGGUCAUCCUGCAGACCCAUCCUGAGCAACAGAAUGUGGGGUUUGGCCGCAGCAUUUUUGGCAGGUGGAUCGGUGUUUUGAUUUUAUUUCUGGCCUCCUCUCAGUUAUAUGAGAAGCCCAGGGAUUCAGCGCUGAGGACAAGCUGUAGUUACCUCCUGUGCACCAUUCUCCUCUUUGUUGCUGUGCUACUAGCUGUUACAGUAACAGGAACCAUCCUUUUAAUGAACCACUCCCAGGCACCUUCAGGCCCCGAUGCUCCACCCCUCAUCACUACCAAUCAAGACGAAGGCAAUGCCCUGGUGACGGUGGAGAGAGGCGAUGGCUCCCGCAUUAAUAUCUUCAUCGACCCCAACUGCCCCGACUACAACAGCAACUUCCUGCGACUGGAAGGCUUACAGACGUCACUGCUGCACUCACUCACCCACCAUGACACAGACCUGAAGUCCGUGAAGGGACAGGAGCGUGCGCUGCUUGUCCAGUUGGCUGAGGAGAUAGCCAAGCUGUCAGCCCAUGGCAGCCAGCUGAAAGCAGAGUACAGCGCGCUGAGGCAGGGCCAGAGCAGCAUCAGCCAGGAGAUCAGCAUGCUGCAGUCUGAGCAGGCCAGGCUCGUCCAGCUGUUGUCCGAAAGCCAAAGUAACAUGAUGAAGGUCGUGAACACAGUGAGUGACGUGUUCGACUCCAUGCAGAAAGAACCUGGGAGCAUGGUGUUCUUGAAGGCAGACUUGCAGAGGGCUCCGGUGCCCAGUGGACUCCGGCCCAGGGGCUGCUCCAGCGGAGAGGGCCGCCCAAGAGACUGCAGUGAUAUCUAUGCGAGUGGACAGCGUGAAGAUGGGAUCUACUCCAUCUUUCCCAUACAUUUCCCCUCAGGCUUCCAGGUUUACUGUGACAUGAGCACUGAGGGAGGUGGCUGGACGGUUUUCCAGCGCAGAGAAGACGGCUCUGUAAACUUCUACAGGGACUGGGCGGCAUAUCAAGAUGGAUUUGGCAAAAUAACAGGGGAACACUGGCUUGGUCUGAAGCGGAUUCAUGCUCUGACCAUUCAGGCUAAUUAUGAGUUGAGGAUUGACCUGGAGGACUUUGAGAACAGCACUUCCUUCGCGCAGUAUGGAUCCUUUGGCGUGGGACUGUUCUCCGUCGACCCGGAUGAGGACGGCUACCCGUUGAGCAUAGCAGACUAUUCAGGAACCGCCGGUGACUCACUGCUCAAACACAACGGCAUGAAGUUUACUACCAAGGACAAGGACAACGAUCACUCGGAGAACAACUGCGCCUCCUUCUACCACGGAGCCUGGUGGUACCGGAACUGCCACAUGUCCAACCUGAAUGGGCAGUACCUCCGCGGCCAGCACUCAUCCUACGCUGACGGCAUCGAGUGGUACUCCUGGACUGGUUUGCAGUACUCUCUGAAAUUCACAGAGAUGAAAAUCAGGCCUACAUGUGAGCAAAACGAAUGA